AUGGCCCCAGUCAAAGUUCAGAAAAUCUGCUGCAUCGGUGCUGGCUAUGUUGGCGGGCCAACUUGCGCUGUAAUCGCGCUCAAUUGUCCCGAUAUCCAAGUCACCAUUGUAGAUUUGAAUCAAGCUAGGAUCGAUGCUUGGAACAGCAAGGACUUCAAGCUCCCCAUCUAUGAGCCUGGCUUGGAGGACGUCGUUAGAAAAGCCCGUGGGCGCAACCUCUUCUUCUCCACUGAUGUCGACAAAGCGAUCAACGAGGCCGAUCUCAUUUUUGUCAGCGUCAACACCCCGACCAAGAAGAGCGGUGUUGGUGCUGGUUUUGCGGCUGAUCUGAAUUACGUCGAACUUGCAACGCGUCGCAUCGCUUCUGUCGCGACAUCCUCCAAGAUCGUCGUCGAGAAGUCUACUGUGCCUUGCAGAACGGCUGAGUCUAUGCGCACCAUCUUAGAGGCAAACUCAAAACCCAACUGCCACUUCGAUAUUCUAUCCAACCCAGAAUUCCUUGCAGAGGGAACUGCGAUCAACGAUCUGUUGAAACCUGACCGUGUGCUCAUCGGGUCACUCCAAACACCGGAGGGUAUCGAUGCUUGCACCGCGUUGGCUGAUGUAUAUGCGAACUGGGUUCCUAAGGAGCGCAUCCUUACUGUCGGCCUUUGGUCGUCUGAAUUGUCCAAAUUGGCCGCCAACGCCAUGCUCGCGCAGCGAAUCUCUUCCAUCAACGCGCUUUCGGCCAUCUGCGAAGCCACUGGUGCCAACAUUGACGAGGUGGCUAACGCGAUCGGCUUCGAUUCCCGCAUUGGCCCCAAAUUCUUGAAGGCCAGCGUUGGCUUCGGAGGUUCCUGUUUCCAAAAGGACAUCCUGAACCUUGUGUACCUCAGCGAGAGCUUGCAUCUUCCCGAGGUGGCCGCGUACUGGCGGCAGGUGGUAGAUAUGAAUGAGUAUCAGAAGCGUCGUUUCGCCAAGACCGUCGUAGAUACUCUAUUCAAGACCAUCACUGGAAAGCGCAUUGCUGUCCUCGGAUUCGCCUUCAAGGCUGACACCGGCGACACUCGCGAGUCCGCUGCCAUCACCCUUAUCAAGGACUUCGUCGCUGAGAAGGCUCUCGUUCAAAUCUACGACCCCAAGGUUGAGCAUGAGCAAAUCUGGCUAGAUCUUGCUGAGGCCAUCCCCGGAACACCCAUUGAAGCGAUCAAGAAGCAGGUCACUAUCUGCGCCUCUCCUGUAGAGGCUGCGUCUAAGGCUGAAGCCGUGGUCAUUGCUACUGAAUGGAAAGAGUUCAAGGAGAUUAAGUGGGAAGAUAUCUACGCAACCAUGGACAAACCAGCCUUCGUUUUCGAUGGUCGCCUACUCCUUGACGCCGAGAAGUUGAGGAAGAUUGGAUUCCACGUCACAACCAUUGGCCGUGGUGCCGCAUAA